AUGGCGCGGGUCCAACGAAAAUGGCGCGGGUCCAGUGAAAAUGGCGCGGGUCCAACAAAAAUGGCGCGGGUAACAAGUUCUGAGGCGCGAGUAAAACGUUCCGAGGCGCGGGUAACAAGUUCCGAGAUCAAUUGCCCGGUAUUUAUAUUCAAGAUGGCGGCUAUUUUGACUAAAAAUUCUGCCAUUAUUCAGUCAAAUAUCGUCUCAUUCUGUGGAAACUUUGCGAGCUUUAAACUUAAACUAACAGACAUCAAUUUAAGCAAAUCUCGUUUGGAGGCGUUAUACUUAGCAUAUUUUUAAACACAAAGAGAAUGGACAGUUGGAAAUGGAAUAUUUGGAAGGAGUCACUAUCAGUACAUUUUUAUUAUUAUACUAAUACUAAUCUGUUAAUAAUUAAGGUAAAAAGAUAAUUCAUCUAAAUUCUCAAUAUAAUUUUGGUUAGAAAACCCCCACAAUAUCAUCGACUUUCUCACAGAAAGAAAUUGCGGUCAAUAACAAUAUAACCUCAAAAGAUCCGCGCUCCCAGAAUGAAAGUACUUCCUCUCAACCCGACUCAUUAUCAAAUAUUACCCCAACUCAUCAUACUACAGCCAAAAGUAGCAGCGACAGCCCGAUCCUAAUUAUCGGCGAUUCUAUCAUCAAACAUAUUGAUCCUAAAAAGAUCUCCCGAAAGAAAACUAUUAAACGCACGUUUCCUGGCAAAACCGCAGAACUAAUAAAAUCUGAAGUGGAAUCUAUGGAGGUUGAAGUACUUCCUUCACACAUUAUUGUACAUGCUGGGACUAAUGACCUUUCUGUGCAACCGCCGCAUAAUUGCGUUAAAAACAUCGAGAAUCUAGCUUUGUGUAUAAAAAAGAAAUUUACAGAUUCAAGAAUAGCAAUAUCCAGCAUAACUGUCAGAAACGACUUGGAUUUAAGCAAACAGAUCUCCACUGCUAAUGAAGAAUUACAAAAAAUGUGCUCUAGGAACGGGUUUGAUUUUAUUAAAAACAAUAAUAUUGAUGCUACAUGCUUAAAUGGCGGCCUGUUACACUUGAACUCAAAAGGAUCCGCAUUCUUGGCAACAAAUUUUAUUAAGUUCCUAAGGGGGAACAAUCCAGCUGCAUCAGAGUAUCGCCAAAGGAAGAGAGGGGAGGAUUUUCAAGGUCGCCGGACAUAUCAGAAUCAUUCACUAGAGGACCUACUGAGACUCCUAUUACUCGCUCAGAGGACCGAGUAUUAA